AUGUCAGCUAUUCUUUAUCAUAUGCCAUAUUUUGUAUCAUCAGUUGUUGCCAACUUGAUCGGAGAAUUGGGUAUUAGUGAAAAAGUACAAGUUAAAAUUAUUGGUUUCGAUAAUUUGAAAGAUGAGUUUCAUUUGGCAAAACAUCCACAAGGAAAGGUUCCUUUUUAUAUUGAAGUAGAAGAUGAUUUCACUAUGAUUGAAUCAUCAGCAAUCUUUUUAUAUCUCUUGGAGAAGCAUGACACUGAAAAGAAAUUGUCUAACUGGAAAGAUGCCAAAGAACGUGGACAAUUCUAUCAAUUCCUUUUGAAUUGUCCAUGCCAAAUCUAUCCAAAUCUAGCACAGUUGUUCUAUCAGUUCCUCAAUGAAAAAGGUUCACCAAUGAGAGACGAGAACCUGAUUACCAAGAAUUUGAAUGCUUGGCAUUUCGAAAUUGCACCAUUCCUCGUAAAGUAUCUUGGUGACAAGCCAUAUUUCUUUGGUGAUCAAUUCACAGCUGUCGAUAUUCUCCUGGGUUAUCAAAUGGUUCUCGCAGAAUUGGUCGGACAAUUGAAAGACUAUCCAACAUUGGUCGCCUAUCUUCUCAGACUAAGGGAAAGACCUGCAUUCACCAACAUCUACAACGAAGCCAACAAAAUAUAUCUUCCAGAUAUGACUAAAUACAGUGUUGCAAUUCAAAGAAAGAUACAAAGAGAAGAGAAAUUAGCUUCUGAAAAAGGUUUAGAUUAUAAAUUUGCUUAA